AUGGCUGACAACGAAGCACAAUUUCAACAAGAUCCCAGUGUGUCUGAUGGUUAUGCCACGGUCCAGAAGGUUCAGUGCAAACGGUUCAUGAACAGGGCUUAUGCAGGUGCAGGACCAUCGUCUGAAAAUGCAGUUCUAAUCGACUAUGCGGGACCAGUUGCAGCCGAAUACAACAACUGUGGAGAAACGAAUGAUGACGGUCUGACCUACGCCGACCUUGCCCUUGAUCCGCCAACCUUUAUCGACGGCAACCCCAUCAUACACAGAAGGGAGGAGCCCGUGGUAUAUGAGGAGAUAGACUUCGCCCUCACCCCCGGGCCGCAGCUGCCGGACAAGAUCUGGGAGGUUGAGGAGCAGGAGGAGGAGGAGAGAAGGCAGUGCUUCUGGGAAUGAUGAUGAACAAACCUUGACAAUCCCUAGCUGCC